AUGAAUAAUAUCAGUCCAAUUCCUAUGGAUACUUUUGCUGAAACUCCAAAUUCUGAAAAACAUAAUUCAAAACCACAUGUUCAUAUGAGACGUAGUUCAGCUUAUCCAGGUUACAAUAAUGUUUCUAGUGCAAGUUUGAUAGCUGCACGAAUUCGUCGCCAAUCAACACGUAAUUCUAUUCCACGUCAUGGAUAUAAUCAUCGUCUAAUUCGUUAUGAAAAUACAUAUCGAAUGGAACCUACUCAUGAUCAUAAAGUUGAUAUUGAUCAAGUACGUCGUCUUACAACCGAUAUUAUUCAAGCAGCUAUAUCUGGUUAUAAAUAUGAUGUAAAUCGAGCAAAAAAAUUUUCAUCAAGUUUAUCUGAACGUAUACGUAAUGAAAUUAGACAAUUAUCAUUUACACGUUAUAAAACUAUUGUACAAGUUACUAUUGGACAAAAAAGAAGUCAAGGUUUACUUGUAGCUAGUCGAUGUUUAUGGGAUAUACAAUUAGAUCGUCAAUUAACAAUUUCCAAGCAAACAGCAAAUGCUUUUAUAACUGUAACAAUUUUUCUUGUAUAUACUGAAUGA